GACGUGGAGAGCGUAUUUUGGUGACAGUUGGGACGGGAGCUGAUAGUAUGGGCGGUGUAACAGUAGAAAAGGACAUCUUUGGUAAAACAAAGGAUGGUCAGAACGUUGACAGGUAUACUUUCAAGAACAAGAAUAACAUAACAGUACAAGUGAUACGAUAUGGGGGCAUAGUCACGACUAUUUCAGUGCCAGAUCGGAAUGGCGUAGUGGAGGACAUCUGUCUGGGAUUUGACACAAUACAAGAGUAUGAAAAAGGACAUCCAUAUUUUGGUGCCAUUGUGGGAAGGUUUGCCAACAGAAUAGCAAAAGGAAAGUUUGAAUUAGAUGGUGAAACAUACAGCCUUCCAUUAAACCAACCUGUGUGCUGCCUUCAUGGAGGGAACCAUGGAUUUGAUAAGAAAUUGUGGGAUGCAACUUUGGAUGGAACAAGGUUAAUCUUACAGUAUAUAAGUAAAGAUGGAGAAGAGGGCUUUCCAGGGGAGGUAACUACGCAAGUCGUCUAUGAGCUGACGGAUGAGAAUGAGUUGUACAUUGAUUACACAGCCACCACAAAUAAAGCUACACCAAUCAAUCUGACCAACCAUGCUUAUUUCAAUCUUGCCGGCCAGGGAGCAAAAGAUGUCUAUGAUCACACUGCCCAGAUAACAGCAGAGGAGUACCUUUUGUACAACGAACAUGGCCUCCCUACAGGUGAGAUAGCAUCUGUGGAGAAAACAGCUUUUGACUUGCGACGACCGGUGAGGCUUGGAGAGCGAAUGAAGGUCGUCAAUGAUGGGAAAGGUUUUGACACCAACUACUGCUUUGACCUGGUUGGUCAGAGGAAGUUCAUGGCCAGGAUGGAACAUCCCAAGAAUGGUCGUUCCCUGGAAGUUUACUCAACUGAGCCAGGCUUACAGUUUUACACGUCCUACUUUCUGGAUGGUGUGCAGGGAAAGGGAGGAGCUACAUACGGUCGUCAUUCAGCCUUCUGUCUGGAGACACAGCAUUACCCAGAUAGUGUUAACCAGCCAUCAUUCCCAAGCACCAUCCUAAGACCAGGAGAGACUUACCGUCAUCGUACCUGGUAUAAAUUUGGGAUUGUGGCCUAGAGAUCAACGACGGCCCCUUGUAUUGAUCCAAAUUCUGCUAGUUUCUACAACAAUACUUUGACAUUUUAAAGGACAAAAAUUUUAAUAAGCCUGUGAGGUUUUUAUGGACUACAUCUAGACAUAUGGUCUUAUGAUUUAUGGAACCUGCAGAUGGUGGUGGGUUUCCGUUGGGCUCAGCCUGGUUUUCUUUUACCAUACUCCUGACUGCUAUCAUAUAAGUGAAAUAUUCUUGAAUAUGGCGUAAAACACCAAUAAAGUAAGGUAAUAAUGAUUGAUG